AUGUCUUCCUUGGCUUCUUCGUCCUCCAAACCCAAAUUGACUACCCAUUACGACGUCUUCGCAAUUUCCCAAGUGACCACACAUCGCCUCCCAGACUUUCGGUUUCUGGUAGGAUCUCUAAGAGAUGAUGCCAUCAAACUUUUUGCAGACUGUAUAAAUCCUUCAACGAUGGCUACGUCUUUGUCUUCCGCGCUGGAGGCUAUGGAAAGGUCGACAAUUCUUAUGGUUAUUUUCACGCCGGAGUUUCUCAGUACCUCCGACAAGUUAUUUAUUGAGAGGCUGCAGAAAGUAAUGGAGUAUCACAAAUCUGCGAACAGACCAGUGGUUCCUGUAUUCUGGGGAGCGAAACGAAAGCAAGUGGUUGAGCAUUUGGCAACGCAGUAUAAGGAUUUGGACUGGAUUGGAAUCGCCGUCGAAGCUGCUUCGCAAUCCGGCGUCACACUGUCCACUGAUCUCAGGCAAGAAAUGGGUAAACUUAAGGGGGAAUUAGACAAAUACUUGUUUUGCAAUCUUCCGCCCCAUCCAGUGGGGUUACUCCGUCGUGUGAAAGAUGUACUUCGUCUGUUGAUGGGUGGGACUUACUCCAUCGGAGUAUGGGGAGUUGCAGGUAUUGGUAAAUCCACUUUCGCCAGAGCUAUUUAUGAUAGAAUGGGUGGCAGGUUUGAGAGAAAAAGUUUCCUUGCAAAUAUCAAUGAUGAAUGGAAGAAAGAUAAUAGUCUAGUUCAUCUACGACAGCAACUUAUUUCAGAUGUUUUUGAAACAGAACUUGAUAUGGUUCAUGGUGUUAAGAUAGGAACUCAUCAAAUGAAGAAGGCACUCUGCUACAGGAGUGCAGUGGUAGUAUUUGAUGAUGUGAAUCAUAUAGACCAAGUCAUAGCAUUAUGUGGAAGUAGUGAUCUGUGCUUUGGCGAACGGAGUUUGGUACUUGUUACAUCAAUGAAUAAGAAUCUUCUUUUUGGUCUCAGACUGUACCUUUAUGAAAUGAAGACGCUGGAUGAGAGUGAGUCUCUUGAGCUUUUCAGCUGGCAUGCAUUUAAGGAAUUUUCUCCAAAAAAUGAUUUCAUGUCUCUAUCAAGGAGAGGAAUAUGUUUUUGUAAAGGACUACCACUGGCUCUUGAAGUUAUUGGCUCUCUUUUGUAUAAUAGGACCAAAAAAGAGUGGAAUAAUGUGCUGAAGAAAUUGAGAGGAAUUCCUCAUGACCAAAUACAGGAGAAACUCAAGAUAAGUUUUAACUUUUUAACAGAUUCAGAAAAAGAAUUGUUCUUUAAUAUAGCUUCCUUUUAUGUGGGUCUAAAUAAAGACGAUGUUUCACAAUUGUUAAAGGGCUCAAGAUUUCCUGUGGAAAAGGCAAUGCAUGAGAUUAUACAGCGGGGACUUGUAAAAGUUGAUGGGAGCGACAGGCUUCUUGUUCAUCAUUUGCUGCGAGAGAUAGGAAGAGAAAUAAGUCAUAAAAAGAUAAAGCAUGAGUAUACCUAUGAAGUAUUCUUGAGUUUUAGAGGUGAAGAUACACGUAAAUCUUUUGCUACUCAUCUUUACACCGCUCUAAAGAAAGCAGGUAUUGAGGUCUUCAUCGAUGAAGAGGGGAUUGGAAGGGGUGAAGCCAUUUCUUCCUCUUUACUGCAAGCAAUUGAAAGUUCUAGAAUGUCGAUAAUUAUAUUCUCAAAAAAUUAUGCUGGCUCUAGUUGGUGCUUACAAGAAUUAGAGAAAAUCAUGGAGUGUCGCAAAACAACUCAUCAAGAGGUCUUACCAAUAUUUUACGAUGUGCAACCGUCUGAUGUUCGUAAACAACGAAAUACCUUUGGAGAAGCAUGGAAAAGGCUCACACUAAGAAACUCAACUAGCAAAGUGAAGAAAUCGAUGAUCAGUUGGAAGAGAGCACUCAUUGAAGCUGCGAAUAUAUCUGGGUGGGACAUGCAUGAAUGGAGAACUGAAACGGAGUUGAUUGACAAUGUGGUUGACACUAUUACAAUGAAGCUAGACAACAAAGACGAUUUGUUUGUUGCUCACCACCCAGUGGGAGUAGAGCCUCGUGUGCAAGAUAUCAUCAAGUUGCUGAUUAAUAAAUCAAAUGAGGUUAUCAUAGUAGGGAUAUGGGGGAUGGGGGGGAUUGGUAAGACUACUAUUGCUAAAGCCAUCUUCAAUGAAAUUGGUCAAACUUUUGAAGGAAAGAGUUUCCUCUCAAAUGUGAGGGAAGUGUGGAAGCAAGAUAAUGGUCAAAUUUAUCUGCAAAAUCAAAUUCUUUCAAGCAUCUUUAAUGCGAGAAGAGUGCAGCUUACAAGUAUAGAAAUGGGGACAAUUCUAAUCAAGAAAAUGCUUUAUAAGAAAAGGGUGCUUCUUGUUCUUGAUGAUGUAAAUGAUGAAGAUCAGUUGAAAGCUUUAUGUGGAAGUCACGAAUGGUUUGGUCAAGGUAGUAGAGUAAUCAUCACUACUAGAGAUGAACGGCUACUCAAAAUCCUUGGAGUUGGAGAACAUAAAAUAUACAACAUGAAAGAAAUGAAUGACAAUGAAUCUCUUGAGCUUUUUAGUUGGCAUGCGUUUAAGCAACCAUUUCCUGAAAGAGAUUUUGUUGAAUUUUCAAGAAGGAUAGUUUCUUACUCAGGAGGUCUGCCACUAGCUCUGGAAGUUCUUGGCUCCUAUUUGUUUGAUAGGGAAGCAUCAAUAUGGAGAAGUGACAAAAGCUAUGCUACACAAAUAUUAAAUGGUUGUGGACUUCAUGCUGAUAUUGGAAUUAUUCGUCUGGUAGAGAGGAGCCUUGUAAAAGUUGGUAAGAGAAAUAAGCUUGAUAUGCAUGACUUGCUAUGUAACAUGGGAAGACACAUCAUUCGUGAGAAAUCACCGAAGGAUCCUAAGAAGUGGAGCAGAUUAUGGUUUCAUGACGAUGUGCUAGAUGUAUUAACAAAUUGCUCAGGAACAGACGCGAUUACGGGAUUGGCUUUAAACAUGUCAACAAACAACUCAAUGGCGUUGAGUGCCAAAGCAUUUGAGAACAUAAAGAAUCUUCAUUUGCUCCAACUUGAUCAUGUAAAACUUGAUGGAGACUUUGGUUAUCUAUCAAAAGAAUUAAGAUGGCUUUGUUGGCGUGGAUUUCCUUCAGAAAACUUGCCAACAAAUUUGCGUCUAGAAAAGAUUGUUGCCAUAGACUUAAAGUGGAGUAAUCUCACAACAGUAUGGGAGAAAAGCCAGAUGUUAGAGUGGUUGAAACUUCUCAAUUUGAGUCAUUGUCAUUAUUUGACAAAGACACCUGACUUUUCAAAGUUACCAUAUCUUGAAGAGUUGGGAUGGAGUGACCAAGGGUUUGACUAUUCUCAGCUUCCUCAAGAUAAUUAUUCUGAUUGGCUAUGUUUUGAGAGUGAAGGAUCUUCUGCAUCAUUUAAAAUGCCUCGAGUUGUUGGUCGUAGUUUAAGAGGAAUGAUAAUCUAUAUUAUCUAUUCAUCUUCUCAAGAUAGCAUGGUGGCAUCCGCAUAUCCUGUUGGCUUCAUGAUAAAGAAUUUUACAAAGGGUACUAUGGACUUUUACAAGAGAGAUGAUGCAACGACUUCUGCUGAUGAUAAUUGGCACAAAAUAAUACUUAUUCUAGAGCCUGAUAAUGAGAUAGAAAUUAUGGUCAAUUUUGCCCAAAAGCAUAUUGUGAAGAAGACUUUAAUCUAUCUGGUGUACGAUGAAGGAACUACAAUAGGUAUCACUCCAUAA